GCGCCGCGUAACGGAUAAUUUCAAGGCUCAAACACAAGGGAUCUCGCGUGACAACAUCCGGAUAAGAGCAUUGUAUACCUCCUUGCCUUCAGAAGCCGCUGCUCAGUCUAGUGACUCUGAGGACGAUCAUAAUACCGGAAGAUUUAGCUUCAAGUCGCUCUCCAGAAGGCGGAACGCACCUGCGAGCUCCCCAACACCACCCAUCUCUUCUGUUGACCCGUCUCCUUCUCCGAGUGCUCUCGUUAGCAGAGGGCAGUCACAUAUUCCGGAUCUUCCAUCUACGCCAUCUCCACAGCUGUCGCUACGCACUCAGAAAUCACCAGCCAACCCUCGUAUCUUGCGGGACGGUAGCCCAGAUCGUAAACGACGUCGCUUGGACAAUGCGGCGGCGAACAAGGCCACGGAGCGUAGUUCUUCUCUGGCAACUCCUCGAUCUGCUUAUGGUAGUAGUGUUCUUAUCCAUGCUUCUGAGAAUAAGGGAGAGCCUAGUCACGGUUCCAGACCUUUGCAGAAGUCUGACUCUGAAUCGAGCGAAGAAAUUGAGCUCGAGUUGACUCAGGAUAAUCCUGUGGAAGACGGAGAAGAAGGGUCCCCAGACAGAGGAAUAGUGGGCCUUGCUGAAUUAGAUAUUGAAAGACUAGAGCAUAACAUCAGGGAUGUUCUCCCAAGCCAACAACAAUCAGAAGACCAAGAUCCCGAUGCUCUAUCGUCACUGGCAGCUGUACAUCGACAAAUGUCGCAACAACAAGUACCGUCGCGACCGGACACGGACAACACUGCGGAAGAUGGGCUGCCAAUCCUCAACGUCAACACUCAUUCUGGCUCAUGGUCUCAGCCGGGCACCGUGUCCAAAGUGAAGACCAGUUUCAUUCCACGACUGAAGUCCAGCAUCCUCGAUAUGUCCGACGUCACCGCGGGCCGACCACCCACUGGCAGUCCAGAGCAUACUCAAAGCGAGAUCCAGCCAGAAUCCCAGCAGCAGAGCGUCGAUGCUGACGCAGAGCCCUCAGGCUCUCAGGCUGUUGCCUCUGAACCAAGCCAACUGCAGCUGCUGACACAAGCGCCGUACCACUUUCCCAGUCAGGAUUCGCAGGACUCGCAGAAGCAACAGCCGUCGCCACCCUGAAAGCGCUGCUCUGCGAGC